ACAGGUACAUUCUCACUAUAUACUUUAUUAAAUAAAACUGUUCUGUCAGAGCUAACUGUUUUCAAGCAUUCACACAGACAAACUUUAAGUUACUUUGCCUUCGCUGCAUUUAACAUUGCACAGUACAGUCAGACAGUAGCUUGCUAUAUUUGCUGUUAAUCCACCUCGGGAGCCCUCGUGGAAAGGCGGCGUGCUGAAAAUGGAUUUGUCUUUUAGAAUUCUGUGCGUUUGCGCUGCAAGAGUGUGAGCAGUGCUGAGUGACUUAGCAACAGCAUCACUCCAGCAAUACCACGUCCACUUCGCUCUCCUCCCCACCGCUCUUCUCAAACACAGGAACUCUGCGAAACAUUUCGAUCUGCCUUCACCUCAGUCAGCUUCAAACAGAAACGGCUUAAUGGAUAAGAUGACCAUGUAGAACGUUACAAGCUGAGACAACCAGAAUGGGAAACUGUAUAUGGAGUGAAGCUGGUCUGCAGCCUUGAAAGCAGGCAACCCUCUGGACUUUUAACAGGGCAUUUGGAACUAUUGGAUUGCAUUUAUUUCCCCCUAAACUGAGGAAUUCUUCGUAAUAUUUCAUUUACAGUGAACACAGGUGGAUUUUCUAAAAUUAGCCCCUUUGAUUCUGAGGCUCUACUUUCUCACUGAUAACAUUUUAACCUUUUAAAAAAAAAAAGAAAUUUAAGCUAGAGAGCUACAAGCAAUAAAAGCAACCAUGGGGGACAUGACAAACAGCGUUUUUUAUGCAAAGAACCAAAGAAAUGAGGCCAACCAUGCGGGGGAGUUUGGCUGCACGCUGGAAGAGCUGCGCUCCCUCAUGGAACUGCGAGGCUCGGAGGCUGUCAUCAAAAUCCGGGAGGACUAUGGGGAUAUGGAUGGGCUCUGCAGGCGUUUGAAAACAUCGCCAACAGACGGCUUGCCCAACAACGCAGCGGAUUUAGACAAAAGAAAAGAAGUCUACGGGCAAAACUUUAUACCUCCAAAGAAGCCAAAAACUUUCUUACAGUUAAUCUGGGAAGCACUGCAAGAUGUGACCCUUAUUAUCUUAGAACUCGCAGCCAUUAUCUCCUUGGGACUCUCUUUUUAUCAGCCUCCAGGAGAGGGGAUUGAAGCGUGCGGUACUGCUGCAGCUGGAGUGGAGGAUGAGGGGGAAUCUGAAGCCGGCUGGAUUGAAGGAGCUGCUAUUUUACUCUCUGUAGCCUGUGUCGUAAUUGUUACUGCCUUUAAUGACUGGAGCAAGGAGAAGCAGUUUAGAGGUUUGCAAAGCCGCAUUGAACAGGAGCAGAAAUUCACCGUCGUCCGGGCUGGCACAGUCAUUCAGAUUCCGGUAGCAGACAUCGUCACUGGUGACAUUGCACAAAUCAAAUAUGGUGACCUACUUCCUGCAGAUGGGAUUUUGAUACAGGGAAAUGACCUGAAGAUUGAUGAAAGUUCAUUAACUGGAGAAUCAGACCAUGUGAGCAAAGCUCCAGACAAGGACCCCAUGCUUCUUUCUGGUACCCACGUCAUGGAGGGUUCAGGGAGAAUGGUGGUCACUGCAGUGGGGGUCAACUCUCAGACUGGCAUCAUCUUCACCCUGCUGGGGGCCGGUGGAGAGGAGGAGGAGAAGAAAGAGAAGAAAGGUGAGACAAUUGAGGAUGGACACCAGCCGCCAGACUCCUCACAUCCCUCCUCCCACCCCAUCUCAACUAUAGCUACAGAUGGUGCAGCAGGUGCAAGUGCCACUGGUAAUACCAGCUUGGUCAAUGGUAAAAUGCAGGAUGGGAAUAUGGAGAACAACCUGAAUAAAGCUAAGAAACAAGACGGUGCAGCCGCCAUGGAGAUGCAGCCUCUGAAGAGUGCCGAGGGAGGUGAUGGAGAUGAGAAGGAGAAGAAGAAGGCUAAUAUGCACAAGAAAGAAAAGUCUGUCCUUCAGGGUAAACUGACCAAGUUAGCUGUUCAGAUUGGUAAAGCAGGCUUGGUAAUGUCAGCUAUCACAGUCAUUAUUCUGGUACUGUACUUUGCUAUUGAGAACUUUGUGAUCGAGAAGAAACCGUGGUUGCCAGAGUGCACGCCGGUCUACAUUCAGUAUUUUGUCAAGUUCUUCAUCAUUGGUGUCACCGUCCUGGUGGUUGCUGUUCCUGAAGGCCUCCCGCUGGCUGUCACCAUCUCCCUGGCCUACUCUGUUAAGAAAAUGAUGAAGGAUAACAACUUGGUCCGACACUUGGAUGCUUGUGAAACUAUGGGAAAUGCGACUGCAAUCUGUUCUGAUAAAACGGGCACCCUCACAACCAAUAGGAUGACAGUCGUGCAGGCCUAUGUUGGGGACACUCACUAUAAAGAGAUCCCAGACUCUGAUGCCCUGCCGGCAAAAACACUGGAUCUCAUGAUUCACUCAAUCUCGAUCAACAGUGCAUAUACAACUAAAAUACUGCCCCCUGAUAAAGACGGGGGUCUUCCACGGCAGGUGGGGAACAAGACUGAAUGUGGUCUUCUUGGGUUUAUUCUGGACCUGAAGCGAGAUUAUCAACCAAUUCGGGAUCAAAUCCCAGAGGAGAAGCUGUACAAGGUCUACACAUUCAACUCUGUCAGGAAGUCAAUGAGCACAGUGACUAAACUGCCUAAUGGGAGCUUCAGAAUGUACAGCAAAGGGGCCUCUGAGAUAGUCCUUAAGAAAUGCAGCCAUAUUCUGAAUGCAGUAGGAGAUCCUCGCAUCUUCAGGCCCAGGGACCGUGAUGAAAUGGUGAAGAAGGUGAUUGAGCCCAUGGCUUGUGAAGGUCUCAGAACCAUCUGCAUAGGUUACCGUGACUUCCCAGCCAGCCCAGAGCCUGACUGGGACAAUGAAAAUGACAUUGUAACGGACCUGACCUGCAUCUGUGUGGUUGGCAUUGAAGAUCCAGUAAGGCCUGAGGUCCCAGAAGCCAUCAGAAAAUGUCAGCGUGCUGGAAUCACUGUUCGCAUGGUUACCGGUGACAAUAUCAACACUGCCCGUGCCAUUGCCAUUAAGUGUGGCAUCAUUCACCCAGGAGAAGACUUCUUGUGUAUAGACGGGAAAGAGUUCAAUAGAAGGAUCCGGAAUGAGAAAGGAGAAGUCGAACAAGAACGAAUUGACAAGGUCUGGCCCAAACUACGUGUACUUGCAAGGUCCUCUCCCACUGACAAGCACACCUUGGUAAAAGGUAUCAUUGAUAGCACACAGGUGGGGCAGAGGCAGGUUGUGGCAGUGACUGGCGAUGGGACCAAUGAUGGACCUGCCCUGAAGAAAGCAGAUGUUGGAUUUGCUAUGGGCAUCGCUGGCACUGAUGUGGCGAAGGAAGCCUCUGAUAUUAUUUUGACAGAUGACAAUUUCUCCAGCAUUGUGAAGGCGGUGAUGUGGGGGAGGAAUGUUUACGACAGCAUCUCCAAGUUCCUGCAGUUCCAGCUGACUGUGAACGUUGUGGCUGUGAUUGUUGCGUUCACAGGUGCUUGCAUAACCCAGGAUUCUCCACUUAAAGCUGUCCAGAUGUUGUGGGUCAAUCUGAUAAUGGACACUUUUGCCUCGUUGGCCUUGGCCACAGAGCCUCCGACAGAGUCCCUUUUGAUGAGGAGACCCUAUGGAAGAAACAAGCCGCUCAUAUCCCGCACGAUGAUGAAAAACAUCCUUGGCCAUGGCAUCUAUCAGCUUAUAAUUAUCUUCACCCUGCUCUUUGCUGGUGAACAGAUUUUCAACAUCGACAGUGGCAGGAACGCCCCUCUCCACGCCCCUGCAUCUGAACACUACACCAUUAUCUUCAACACGUUUGUUAUGAUGCAGCUCUUCAAUGAGAUCAAUGCUCGUAAAAUCCACGGUGAAAGAAACGUCUUUGAUGGCAUUUUCAGGAACCCCAUCUUCUGCUCUAUUGUUUUAGGCACACUUGGCAUUCAGAUUGUCAUCGUGCAGUUUGGUGGAAAACCCUUCAGCUGCUCUCCACUUGAUGUUGACAAGUGGUUGUGGUGCCUAUUUCUUGGAUUUGGAGAACUCUUAUGGGGACAGGUCAUAUCAACCAUUCCAAAAAAUAGUCUGAAGUUCCUAAAAGGAGCAGGGCAGCUCACACAUAAGGAUGAGAUGCCAGAAGAGGAAAUGAAUGAAGAUGCAGAAGAGAUUGACCACUCUGAGAGAGAGCUGCGCCGCGGCCAGAUCCUGUGGUUCCGUGGGCUUAACAGGAUUCAGACUCAAAUGGAAGUAGUGAAUACAUUCAAGAGUGGCACUUCCUUUCAGGGAGCCCUGAGGCGGCAAUCCUCCACCACCAGUCAACAUCAGGAUAUCCGCGUCGUGAAGGCAUUCCGUAGCUCCCUCUAUGAAGGAUUGGAGAAACCUGAAUCGAAAUCCUCCAUUCACAACUUCAUGACUCAUCCAGAGUUUAGAAUAGAAGACUCCCAGCCCCACAUCCCCCUUAUAGAUGAUACAGACAUAGAAGAAGAUGCAGCUCUCAAGCAAAACUCCAGUCAACCAUCAUCACCCAACAAGAACAACAAUGCUAUCGAUAGUGGAAUUAAUCUUACCACUGACACAAGUAAAUCAGCUAGUUCUUCAAGUCCAGGAAGCCCUCUACACAGCCUGGAGACCUCACUUUAGCUGAACAUGUCUUUGCAAAAAAAAACAAAACAACAAAACCGAAUCAACUGCUGGCUGAAAAACUGUUUUAAAAGAGCUACUCUUCUCUGUGAGGAAAAGUAAGACAUCACUGACAAAGUGAUUCGAACAAGUCAGACCCACCCCCCCAAAAAAAACAAUCGCUCCUGCAUGAAUGUACAUUUCCCACAUGUUUUUAUUUAAUUUAAUUUUUUUGGUGGGAACUGCAGCGGACUUCAUUUUAAGACAGCUUAUCCAAUUCACUGGUCUGUGACUUUUUUUUUGAAGUGCUUGUGUGGCAUGGACUUAAUUGUAUAGAUUUAUUUAAGUAACAAGAAAAAAAUGUGUAUUAAAGUUUCAAAGCUCAACAUGCACAGUAGAUUUGCACCAAUUGGAAAGAGGAACCUAUAAAUAAUCUGCAUUUAUUAAACAUAUAUUAUAUACAGAGUUUAUCAUCUUUGUUUGUUGGCAUGUUGCCUUGUUUCUGCUUAAAUGGCUCUUACUACUUUAACUUAUUUAUGUCCUAAAGAGAAUGUAAUUUGUUUACAAAAGCUGUAGAUACUUCCUGGUUUAUUUGUAGGGUACAAACGGUUCUACUGAUGUAGUAUGAACAAAUCGAGUUGUUGAGUACCUCUGUAAUAUUGGACUUGGGUGUUUUAUUACAAACUGUGUACUGAAUUUGCCUGCUAUUUUUGUUAAAUAUGUAGAUAUUUUUAGAAGAAAGAAGCCAAAAUAUAAUGGGAUAUAUUAUUUAAUGUGGCAUCUUAAUAUUACAUGAUUGUGGGGAACAAAACUGAAAGGCUUCCUUUGUUUCCAAAUACAAAUCUUCUGGUAUAGGUUCUCUCUCUUUUUUUAUUUAAUGUUCUUUUUCUUUUUUAUGGAAUGCUUGGACUUCAUGUUUGGUCAGUCUCGAUCCUGAGAGGGCCACUCUGAACCGAUUUUAUUGAAAUGUCUGCUACAUAAGCAAUGCUUGUUCAAAUGAGAUGUUUUAAAUUAAGUGUAACCAUCAAAGGCUGUGAUGGGUUUAUAAUAUGAGAAACAAUUUCAAACUAAGUUAUAUUUGGCUUUAUCUAUAUGGAAAUCAAAAGUUGUGUUGAAGUCUUGUGGAAUCUUGUGUUGAUUUUUCAUUUUAGUGGUUUAGAUUUAUUUUUUCUUUUGUCUUUUUUUUUAAAGGAAAAAUCACAGCUUUUGGGCUGUUGGCAUUUUGAACAAAGAUACUAUGGAUUGUUUUUUUUGAAUUUUUAAAAAUUCUCAUUUUCUGCACUAUCCAGAUAUGAAUGAAACUUUCUGUGGUGUAUAUUUACUGUAGAUGUGCUUUUGUGUGAUUUAACCAAGCUUGUCUUCCUGCAGUCACUGAAUAUACUCUAGCCUCUCAACCGUGUAGAUGUUAACUAUUUAUUGUGCUUUCUAAAAGAAAGGCCAUUUGAAAGACUAUCAUGGAGGAUAUACUAAUAAAUGCAUCAAGAUGUUAACAGCCCUGGUAUCUUAUCUUUAAUUUUUUUUAUUUAUGGGGCUUACUCGGAAGCAUGAAGCAAUCCUCAUAUAUACAGUAGGUCAAAUCCCACUUUCUACCAGGAUUUCAGUUAUGUGGCCUGUAUAAGAUUUUGUGUAAAUUUAAGCAGCUUAGAUGUUUGCGAGAGAUAUAAGUGAAGGACCAUUUAUUAUGUUUUUUUUUUUUUUUUAAGGAGUGCCCUUUUCUGCAACUCCUGAAUUAUUAUUAUUAUUAUUAUUAUUAUUAUUAUUAUUAUUAUUAUUAUUAUUAUUCUCUUUCAAAAGGUGUUUUAAUACAUUCAGUAGUUUCAGCCAACCUUUAAAACACAUUUGUACAUUAACCAGAAACCCGUCUUUGAAAUAAAUGGUAUGGAGUCGUGCAGUAUAUUCUUCUUUUGUAAAUAGCAAUUUUCAUCUGAGAUGCAUAGAUAUUCAGGCUUCUGUGAGCGGAGACUGUGCUCUGUAUAUGUGAUGCAGCUUUUGUUUAGUCAAAUGAGCUAUUAUUCAAGUCACAAAUACAGGUCACACAUUCUGCACAAAGUGUUUAACUUUGUUGCUUUAAAGCUCUUUGCAGUUGGGUGCAAAUUAUGAAAUACGUGACCAAUUUAUUUAAAAAAUCACUGCAAUGCAUAAAUGCUUCUAUGUACUGUACUUGGCAGCAUGAAUUUUGUGGAACAAAAAAAAACCAACAAAAAAAACCCAACAUGGCAGUUGCAAUCUAGCCAUGUAUGAGUAAAUGAUAUGUGUUCAUCCAUCUGUUUUUAUGAAUUUUUUUAUCUAGACAAUAAUUGUAAAUAAAGAACUCAAUGUCUCUGUUCAUUUAAUACUAUGCAAACAGUCAUGCUUUCUGAUUGUUAUUCCCCUGUCCCUAGAGUGUGUUUCUGGAAUGUUUGUGGUUUCAAAAGUCAGUAAAUUAUGUGAUGUAAAUUAUUUUAUAGUCUGAAGAAAAUAAUGAACUAUGACUCUUGCUGCUUACUGUCUAUAAACAAUACCUGACAGGAGCACAAGUGAAAAAAAAGCAGAAAAUUAAAUAAAUUCCCAGAGCAGCAUGAACAAUA